CCCCCCCCCCCCCCCCCCCCCCCCCCCCCCCCCCCCCCCCCCCCCCCCCCCCCCCCCCCCCCCCCCCCCCCCCCCCCCCCCCCCCCCCCCCCCCCCCCCCCCCCCCCUUAACAUUCAACUAAGAUAUUAGCAGUUCAUUAGCCAAGUGGUUGUUACUGCUAACAUCUCGGUUUAAUGUUAAGUGAAUGUAAGUAAAUUACUGAACAACUUGACCUUUCAAUUAUUCACCAGUUAAUAUUCUGGUUAAGUAAUGUUAUUUUCUAUACAACAUUUUUAUUAUUAAUGGUUUGCGAUAUUUUAUUUGUAUAGAUCUAGUGACACUUUGAAUAAACCAUCUGUAUCUGUUAAAACGUGUUAUCCUGAUGUUGUCAAAAAUGGUUUAGAACACUUGAAUCAACCGACAUCAACCGAUAAAUCAUUAGCUAUGCAGUAUAGUCGACCACAAUCCUAUCAUUUGUCAAAUUUACCUGCAUCUAUUCUAUCACAAUUAGAUUCAAUAAGAAAUGGUAAGAAAAGAGACGAUUUAUAAAGAAUUACCAGUUUGAUUAUCGAAUUUUAACGUUAUCAGGUGUUUUAUUUUUGAUAGAUUUUACUUAACAGGACUCUUUUUACUAAUAUUGUUCAAAGUAUAUGUGAUGCACCUGAUUAAAUCUAUGAACAUUUCUCUUUUACCAAUAAAAUUGUUUAUUUUUGUUUAGAAUUGGCUAACACACCUCACGAAUCGUUAUGUUAAAAUACAAAACACUUCUUUCUUUUCUACUAGAUCCAAUCUGUAAUUAUUUUUUAUAUUAUUUUUUGACUGUUCGUAUCUUUUCCAAUAUGUGUGUGUUUUAUUUUUUACUUUUAUUUUUUUUUAUGUGUGUGAAUCUCAACAAUUCUAAUUUACAUCAUUGAUUUACAAUAUAUACAUCACUGAUGUUUUUUUGGAUAAAAACGGACAAAAAACCAAAGACAAAAUAAAACAUUUCAAUUGAGUAACUUGUAAUAGUUAUGUACAUGGCAAAAUGUUUAAUGUAGUAAUUGAAUAAAUUCAAAUAUUACAGUGUGGAGAAAGGCAUAAUCAUAUGGAGUCGAAAUAGAUUUGGCUGGAGUUUUUUUGCAGACGAGUUGAAGAAAAAUCUUUUUUGCAAGUUACUUAUAAGCAUAAGGACAUGACUAAUUCGAAAAUAUCUCUGCUC